GCCACAGUGGCGUCUUUCUCCCGCGCCUACACAGAUAGAAGUUCCGUGUCGGGCCGGCAGCGGCGGCGGCGGCGUCUCUCAGGUUUGAACGCGGAGCGGGUAGCGUCGGGUCUGCGGCCUGAUCUGGAAGCCUAGAGCGGAGCGGCGAGAUGACGGACCGGUACACCAUCCACAGCCAGCUGGAGCAUCUGCAGUCCAAGUACAUCGGUACGGGCCACGCCGACACCACCAAGUGGGAAUGGCUUGUGAACCAGCACCGGGACUCCUACUGCUCCUACAUGGGUCACUUCGACCUCCUCAACUACUUCGCCAUCGCCGAGAACGAGAGCAAGGCCCGCGUGCGCUUCAACCUGAUGGAGAAGAUGCUGCAGCCCAGCGGGCCGCCGGCGGACAAGCCCGAGGAGAACUGAGGCGAGCGCUUCCCAGGCUCCCCCGCCGGCCAGCGGUGGGCCGGUCCUCCUUGCUCGGGCUUCUUCAUCGUCUGUCACGCCUGGCCUGCUUACCUGUGGACGAUUCCGAACAAGUCACCGAGAGACUGUCGGGACCCCCGGGAACUGUGCGGGAGGAGCGACCCUAGACCCGGCAAGCGAGGGAGAAGACGCCACGGGAGUGAUGACGCGUUUCUAAUGAGUCUGCCUUUCAGUAGUUGGUUGUCCUUCUUGCCAUGUUUAUAAAGUUUAGGAUUUGUCCUAUC